AUGCAUGAUGAAGACCAACGAGAAAUUCGAAAACGACUUGCAUUUGCUGAAGCUGCAAACGCUCUAUUAAAAUAUAAACAACAUAAAUUAAUAAAAUAUAAACAAGAAAAUGAAUGUCGUAUUGGUCAACAUGAUUUCAAACAAAUAAAAUCAUAUGCAAUCCAAAUAAAAAAUUCUUCAUUUCAACAACAAGAUAAAAAAGACAAAUCAAUUACAAAGUGUAAAAAAAAACAAAUUUUCUUCUAA